GUGUACUGUCUGUGUGGAUACGAAACAGAAUCGCGCUGACAAGAAGAAACCUUUUCAUUAUUCCUACCGCGAUAAAAUACCCAAUUUUCAAGUAUUUUAUUUGUAACUUGAUUUGAAAAAUUGAAACAGUGAAGUGAAGUACUUUCGGAAAAAAUCUGGUGAUUGAAUCCUACUUUCCGCAGUAACGGUGUUAUUUAUUACCAGGUUAUUUUUCGGUCUACAGUUUUUGUGGAAAAAAAAGUUAAAUCCUUGCUUGAUGAUGAAUGCUUGAUUUAUACAGCACAACUUUGGGUGAAACUGCGAUGGCACACUUGAGGCAUCGCGGAAUAUUUGGUGUGUCGAAACUUCGAUGUACAUUUUCGACAGACACAACCCAAAACGUUACCAGAUCGUUAGACAAGUCUGCGGAUGUUGCGCUGGACUUCGAAUGGAACGAGGCCAAGCCUUAUACGGAAGUUCCUGGGCCAAAGCCUUUGCCGUUCCUUGGCAAUACAUGGCGAUUUUUACCCUACGUAGGCGAUUUCAAAAUUGAGGAGGUCGACAAGGUUUCGAAACGGCUGCACAAAAAAUACGGUAGUGUUGUAAAAAUUGCGGGUCUUCUGGGUCGUCCGGAUAUGGUUUUUCUGUACGACGCUGAUGAAAUUGAGCGGGUCUUUCGCAGCGAGGAAAAAAUGCCUCAUCGGCCAUCCAUGCCUUCCUUAAACUACUACAAACACGUCUUGCGCAAGGAUUUCUUCGGCGAAGAUGCCGGGGUCAUUGCAGUGCACGGCGAGAGCUGGUAUAAUUUUCGAAGCAAAGUACAGCAGGUGAUGCUACAGCCGCGAACUGCUAAACUUUACAUCGGUGCAGUCCAAGAAGCAAGCGAAGCUUUCGUUCAAAGAGUGAAAAAAGUACGAAAUUACAAGGAUGAAACACCCGACCAUUUUCUCAACGAAAUUCACAAAUGGUCUUUGGAGUCUAUAGCUCGUGUGGCUUUGGACGUAAGAUUGGGGUGCCUCGACGAUGACGCACCCCUGGAGACGCAGGAGCUGAUCGACGCGGUGAAUGUAUUUUUCAAAAACGUUGGUGUCCUCGAGCUGAAGGUCCCAUUUUGGAGACUGUUCAACACUCCAACCUGGCUGAAAUACGUAAAAGCCCUGGAUACGAUAGUCGAAAUCACCUCGAAGCACACCAACGCGGCGCUGACCAGAACGAAAACGAAAGAAAUUACGGGGGAUGCGAAAACUGAUCCUUCAUUGCUGGAAAGGAUACUGGCCAUGGAUACAGGGGUUAAAAUCGCGACCAUUUUAGCUCUCGAUCUAUUCUUAGUGGGAAUAGACACAACUUCAAACGCGGUCGCAUCCGUUAUUUACCAGCUCGCAUUACACCCGGAGAAGCAGAGAAAACUUUAUGAAGAAGUUUCAGCGGUUAUGCCUCCCCCGGGAACUCCAAUUGAGGCUAAACACGUGGAAGACAUGAAAUACCUGAAAGCCUGCAUCAAAGAAACCCUGAGAAUGUAUCCAGUUGUUAUCGGGAAUGGACGGUGCAUGACGAAAGAUACCGUCAUCGGGGGUUACCAAAUACCAGAAGGUGUCCAAAUAGUAUUCCAACAUUACGUGAUUAGCAAUCAAGAUAAAUACUUUCCCGGAAGUGAAGAAUUUCUUCCGGAGAGAUGGAUGACCGGACGUGAUUUCAAUCAUGGAGUAAAACACGCCUUCGCUUCUUUGCCGUUUGGUUACGGACGUCGAAUGUGUUUGGGAAGACGAUUUGCCGAGUUGGAAAUGAUUAUUGUUCUUGCUAAGGUCAUCCAAUCAUUCAAACUUGAAUACCACUACGAUAAACUAGAUUAUCACAUUGAUCCAAUGUACACACCGAAGGGACCGCUUAGAAUUAAGAUGAUCGACAGGUAAUCAAAAAAUUAUACCUGCACCAAGUAGCUCGCAUUCAACCUACUUUGAACG